CACGCUCCUCCUCCUCCUCCUCCUCCUCCUCCUUCUCUCCUGUGUCUCCCCUGAACGCUGCACAUGCCCCUCACCGUCAUCAUCUUCAUCACCAUCAGAGGAGCGCAGACAGGAUGGAGGCCCUGUUAAAUGAGUGGCUGUGGCAGGAGAAGUACUGGCUUCCUCCUGGUAUCCGCUGGCGGGACAUUAAGAUGAAGGAGGAAGACGGACGCUUUCCUCUACCCAGGGAUCUCAUCUACACCUUGCCUCUGGCCUUGGCCUUCAUAGCCCUCAGAUAUGUCUUUGAGAGGCUCGUCGCAGUCCCGCUCAGCAGAGCUGUGGACGUGAAGGAUCCCAUUCGGAUCCGAGCUGCUUCCAUCCCGAAGCUGGAGACCUUCUACAAACAGAACAGUCGGCAGCCAUCGCAAAGCGAGCUGCUGAGUCUGGGGAAGCAGUGUGGCCUCUCUCAGAGAAAAAUACAGACGUGGUUCAGACACAGACGGAACCAGGAUCGACCCAGCAACACCAAAAAGUUCUGCGAGGCCUCUUGGCGCUUCGUCUUCUACCUGUUUGCAUUCACCGCAGGGCUCGCCUCUUUACUUAAUAGUGCGUGGCUGUGGGAUCACAGAGAGUGUUGGAGGGGAUAUCCCAAACAGCCCGUGGCCGAAGCUCAUUACUGGUAUUACAUCCUGGAAAUGGGUUUCUAUUUGUCGCUGCUGAUGUGCGUCUCGGUGGACGUCAAGCGAAAAGAUUUCAGGGAGCAGGUCAUUCAUCACAUCGCCACCAUAUUCCUCAUUGGUUUCUCCUACUGUGCCAACUAUGUGAGGGUCGGCACUCUGGUGAUGCUGGUGCACGACUCCUCUGACUUCCUGCUCGAGUCUGCUAAGAUGUUUCACUAUGCCGGUUGGACAAGGACGUGUGACUCACUGUUUGUCGUCUUCGCCCUCGUUUUCCUUUACACGAGGCUGGUGGUGUUUCCUAGCAGAGUGGUCCACACAACCCUGGUGGUGUCUUCAGAAUUCUUCCAGCCCUUCUUCGGUUAUUACUUCUUCAAUGCUCUGCUGUUAGUGCUGCAAGCCCUGCACGUCUUCUGGGCGUAUCUCAUCCUGCGCAUGGUCUAUAAGUUUGUGUUCUCGGGCAAGGUGGAGCGUGAUGUACGCAGCGAUGAAGAGAGCGAAGUGGAGGAUGAAGAGGAGGAGCCUGAAGAGGAAGGGGACGGAUGCAGCUGGGAGCAAAGGAAGGGUACCAUCAACUCCAAACUGGCAUCACUGGCGAACAACUGUGUCCUGAACAACCUGACCCACCAGAGGAAUAUAAACAGCAGACUGCCUAAAGCCAGAUAGUGGAGAACCCCCCCCCCCCUUCUCCUUGUCCACCAAGCCUCACUGGAUAACCAGUUGUUUCCCCCAUCGCUGAUUGGAAAUGAACUUGUUUGUGAUGUAUGAUACACACAUGUGGCUUGUGAACACAUCACAAGGUCCAUUGAAGAUUUCCGGGUAGGUCUGCAUCCUAUUUAUCUUUAAAAAAUAAAGAGGGCAAAUAAGCACCGAUGAUUGUAAAUCUUAGGAAGACACACCAUCAUGACUGUCACCCUGAUUUUGUAAAUUGGCAAGACAAAGAGAGAGUAAAAAUAAGUUUUAUGUCUACUAAUAAGUGUUGUUUUCCAGAUUUUAUAAAUUUUUGUUUUCAUUGAAGGAAAUCAACUUGUUUGUAAAUACCUAAGUGUAGAAACUCCGCUAUGAUUCUUUUAUCCUUUCUUUGGUCAACAAGAGAAACUGAAUAUUUUAUACUAAUUCAAGCUGUUAUCUAAUAUGUGUUAUAACUCGUUUUAAAUUAAAGCUAGAAUGAGGUAGUAAUGCACUCUCCCCAACCCAGCGCUUUCACAUGCACAUGAUGUUUGAUUGUACUGAGGCUGUUAAAACAUUGAUUGUAGUAAAGUCGACAAACCACUUAAUAGAAUAUUUUUAUGAACCAUUUACCCAAAAGAUGUUUAUCUUGUUUUAAUCUGUGGCGGAAUCCAUAAAAGUUCCUUAGGAAUACAAAAAAAUAUUUUUAAUGGCAUGGUUUGACUUGCUCCCUGGAUUUAGCGUGUUAUGUUCAAGAUAGAUUUUAGAAGAGAUGUGGCGCCCCCUUGUGUGAAAAGAAGAACAUAUCUUACUAGAGACUGAACUCCCCCAUGUCUCAAAAUGAUGCCUUUGGGGGAAAAAGUACCUAAAUCAGGUGUAUGUGUGUGUCUGUGUGCGUGUGUCUGUGUGUGUGUGUGUGUGUUUGUGUGUGUGUGUGUGUGUGUGUGUGCGCGCACGUGUGUGUGUGGCACCAUGAAUUCUCAAAGAUGCCUUGGCUGCUGUUUUUAUACUGUUCUGUUACGAGCACUCGAUAUAUGACGCUCCGUUUGCUGGUAGGAUUGUGUUUACUGGACAAACACAUGGACCAGGCCUUACUGUGACUAGUUUCAAUGUUACUGAGCUGGUGGUGACACCUGGUUAAGCCAUGAUAAAGACUAUAUGGGAAAGACACAAGGGAAAUGUUAGAUACUUUGGGUGGUGAAGUUGUCUCUAAAGGUCACAUAGUUUAAGGCUCAGAUGAAGGAAAACCUUGUUAAAAUGAAAAGAUGUAGUUGUUUUUAUAAAAGCUUGUUUUUAUACGAUUAGACAAACACUAACACUUUACUUGGAAAGAGGGAUUGUUUGGUUUUACUUUUCCAACACACUGGAACCACGAGCUGACAUCAGUCAUGUUAUAUAAUAUGUACAUAAUGUUGUUUGGCUCCAGGUUAUCAAUUCACUGCCCUGCACGUCCACUACCAUAAACCAAACUGGUACAGGAACUUAAAGGGCUGAUCCACUGAGUGACACACCUGUGAUGCCACAAAGAUACUAAUAUUUAUUACAAAGAGAAAUAUUAAGUGCAUCACCAGAAAAUGUGAGGAGAUAUAUCAUGUUUCCAUCUUUUGAGUUACAUUUGACUGUUCUCUUGUGAUUGUACAAGGAUGCUCUGUUGAUCUGUGGAAGGUUUUAAUAAAUUAUAUUGAAGAAAUAA